AGUAGAGAGCGCGAGGUCUAAGGGCACGAGGGAAGUGGCGGGCGGGGACCGAGGGGGCGUGCAGGUAAGCGGACCGGCCUGGGGUCGCCGGCAUGGCAGAGGCCAGGAAGCGGCGGGAGCUGCUUCCCCUGAUCUACCAGCAUCUGCUGCAGGCGGGCUAUGUGCGCGCGGCGCGGGAAGUGAAGGAGCAGAGCGGCCAGAAGAGCUUCCUGACUCAGCCUGUGACCCUUCUGGACAUUUAUACGCACUGGCAACAAACCUCGGAGAUUGGCCGGAAGCGGAAGGCAGAGGAAGACGCAGCCCUGCAGGCCAAGAAGACCCGCGUGUCAGACCCCGUCAGCAGCUCGGAGAGCUCGGAGGAAGAGGAGGAGGAGGAGGAAGCGGCCGAAGCCAGAAAUGCCAAAGCCACCCCCGGACCCGCGUCUACCAACUCCUCAGUCCCGGGCCCGGUUCUGCCCUCAAGCAUAAAGGAUGAAGGCGCGGCAAAGACCAAGAAAGCCAGCCAGACGGGGAACCCCACGGCUCGUGCUGCCUCCGGGAAGCCCGUGGCCCAGCUCCUCGGCCAGAAGUCACCCAGGAAGGCUGCGGGGCCCUCGGCCAAUGCCGUCCUGGCCUCGGAAACCGAGGAGGAGGGCGGUGUCUCCGCCCUGAGGACCGCGGCCAAGCCUGGAAUGACGGCCGCCAGCCAGGCCCACAGCUCCAGCGAGGACACCUCCAGCUCAAGUGAUGAGACGGACGUGGAGGGGAAACCUCUGGUCGCACCAGCGCAGCUCAAGGCCUCGGCGGCCACAGCCCAGGAGCCUCCGAGCAAGAGGGCACCUCCGACUCCUGGGAAGGCAGGGGCUGGGACACCCCAGGGCAGAGGAGGCACCCUGACCCCAGCCAGCAGGGCCAAGAAGCCGGAGGAGGUCUCGGAGAGCAGCGAGGAGGAGUCUGAGAGUGACGACCAGGCCCCUGCCAGCACACCCAGCCAGGCGAAGGCCUCUGAGAAAACGCAGGUCCGAGCCGCCUCGGGUCCUGCCAGGGGGGCCCCUGGGAAAGGGGCAACCCCAGCACCUCCGGGGAGGGCAGGGCCCGCGGCCGCCCGGGACAAGGUGGUGAAGCCCGAGGAGGGGUCGGAGAGCAGCAGCGAGGAGGCGUCGUCAUCAUCAUCGGACAGCGAGGAGGAGGCGCCCGCUGCCAAGACCCCGCCUCAGGCGAAGCCCCCGGGGAAGGUCCCUGGGGUCAGAGCCACUUCGGCAGCCCCCACCAAGGAGUCCCCGAGGAAAGGGGCCCCCUCGGCCCCCGCGAGCAGGGCAGCCCAGGCGGGGCAGCGGGAGGAGGACUCGGAGAGCAGCAGCGAGGAGUCAGACGCCGGGGGCCAGGCUGCCGCAGCUGCGCCCCAGACCUCGAGCCCGGCUCCGGCAAAGUCCAUGGGCCAGAACUCCCACGGCAGGGCCCCCCGAGCCCCGGCAGGGAAGGGUGCAAUCCCUGCGCUGCGGGGGCAGGCGGGGCGGCAGGACUCGGGGAGCAGCAGCGAGGACUCGGACUCGGGGGACAGCGAGGAGGAGGCAGCCACCACGGCGAAGCCCUCCGAGAAAGUCCUCCCAGCCAGAUCGGCCUCGGGCCCCAGCACGGGGCCCCCUCAGAAGGCCCGGCCUGCAGCCACCCAGGUCAAGGCCGAAAGGUCGGAGAGCAGCGAGGAGUCCUCGACAGACAGCGAGGAGGAGGCGCCCGCAGCCGCCCCUGCAGCCCAGGCAAAACCAGCUGUGAAAACUCCUCCGACCAAGGCCUCGCCCAGGAAGGGCGGCCCUGUCACACCUGCCUCUGCCAAGGCUGCCCCAGUGCGGGUAGGCACCCCGGCCCCCUGGAAAGCAGGAGCCACCACGGCAUCCCCAGCCACGGCCAAGGCCGCCCAGAGACCGGAGGCGGACUCUUCGAGCAGCGAGGCCUCGGAGAGCGAGGAGGAGGAGGAGGAGGAGGCGCCUCCUGCCGCAGCAGCUGGAUGGAUGAAGAACUCAGUGACAGCCCCUCAGACCAAAGCCACCCCUGCUGUCCCCAGAGUGGCUUCUGCCAAAGUGGCAGCAUCAGCUCCUGGAAAAGGGGCCCCUGCAGGUGCUCAAGCCACCCUGGGGUCCCCGGCCAAGGUCAGGCCGCCAGCGAGGACCCCCCAGGGCAGGCCUGGUGCAGGGAAGGGCCCGGGGGCCGUGCCAGCCGUGGGGAAGGCGGCGACGACGGCAGCCCCCCAGCCAGGGCCCGUCGGGGAGGCUGAGGACGACUCUGAGAGCAGUGACGGGGACUCGGACAGUGAGGAGGCGGCGCCCGCACAGGCGGAGCCCACCAGGAAGACGCCCCAGGUCAGAGCCGCCUCAGCCCCCAGCAAGGCCUCCCCCAGGAAGGGGGCAGCCCCGGCUCCCGCUGGGAAGACAGGCCCACCAGCCACCCAGGCGGGGAAGCGGACGGAGGACUCGGAGAGCAGCAGCGAGGAGUCGUCAGGCAGCGACGGGGAGGCACCCCCAGCCCAGGGAGGAGGCUGCAGCCCCGCCAGCGGCAGGCCACCGGCCGCCACGGCCUCAGCAGGGAAGGCCGAGCAGAAGAAGGCCAAGGAGGAGAAGGCCGAGGGGCCCUCCGCCAGCAGCGACGACGAGCUGCCGGCCAGCCAGGUGAUUAAAACCCCUCUGAUUUUUGUCGACCCUAACCGUAGUCCAGCUGGCCCAGCUGCUACCCUCGCCCAAGCCCAGGCUACAAGCACCGGGAGGAAGGCCCAGGCCUCAGAGAGCACGGCUGGGAGCUCCUCUGAGAGUGAGGACGAGGACGUGGUUCCCGCCACGCAGCGCUCAGCCCCCGCUCUCAGAACCAGCUCGGCGACCGCGCCCCCAGCGCCCCCGAGGACGGCCCCCAGGACCAGCAGUGGCGAGGAGCCCGGGCGGGCGGCAGAAGGCAGGAAACCGGAGGCGCCGGCCACCCAGGUGACCAAGAGGAGCCCAGCUGACCUCCCGCUGACCCAGGCCGCCCUGAAGGUCCUCGCCCAGAAAGCCAGUGAGGGCCGCCCUGCUGCCGCCAGGACCCCAUCCUCGUGUGCGACCGACGGUCUGGGGACACUCCCCACGACACGUCCCCAGAGCGCCCCUGCACAGACCAGAGGGGCCAACGAGCUCAGAAAGCCUGGGGUUCCUGCAGCCCCUCCCUCAAAACGCCCCAAGGCCAAGGCCUCUGGGACAUCAGAGGACAGCGAGGAUGGCAGCAGCAGCAGCUCUUCGGGGAGCGAGGACGACGCUGCGGGGCCCCGGGUGGCCCCGGGGGCCCCCGGGCCGGGUGCAGCCCCAGCCAGGAGCGAGACCCUGGUGGAAGAAACCACAGCAGAGUCGAGUGACGACGACGUGGUGGCACCUUCCCAGUCUCUCCUCUCAGGUUAUGUGACCCCUGGACUGACUCCAGGCACCUCCCAGUCUUCAAAGACCACUCCCAAACCAGCCCCCAGCCCCUCAGUUUCGUCUCCUCCGGCCACCAAAGAUGCGCUAGGCGGCAAGCGGGGGGCCGAGGCCCCAAAAGCAGCAGGCACCGCGUCCCCAAAGUCAGGCAGAGGAGAGGCUGGCGCCACACCGCAGAGGCCCCGGGAGGGGCCCGAGAGCCCCCAGGCCUCCAGGCUGGCUCUGCAGCAUGACAUUGCCCGGCGGCUGCUGGGCGAACCCUGGCCCCUGAGCGAGGCGCACGUGCAGGCCUCCGUGGCCAAGGUGCUGACGGAGCUGCUGGAGCAGGAGAGGAGGAAGGCCGCCGAUGCCGCCAGGGAAGGCCGCCGCAAGGGCCGCAAGCGGAAGCUGUCGGAGGACCAGACGGCCGCAAAGGCCCCCAAGAGCAAGAAGAAGAAGCAGCUGGCGGCUGGGGAAGGCGGGGAGCGUGCCGUCUCCCCGGACAAGGCCCCCAGGACUUGCCAGGGGAAGCCCAAGAGGGACAGGGCUGGCGGCGGCAGCAAGGAGAAGCAGGAGAAGGAGGCUCCCGGCUCCCAGGGGGCCAAGGAGAAACAGGAAGGGGAGCCGGGGAUGGUGAAGGGUGAGGGAGGAGACCGGGGCGCCCCAAGGAGCAAGAAGGAGAAGAAGAAGCCUGACAAGAAAAAAAAAGACAAGGAAAAAAAGGAAAAGAAGAAGAAAGCAAAAAAGGCACCAACCAAAGCCCCCGACUCGCCCUGUCAGAAGAAAAAGAAGAAAAAGAAGAAGACGGCGGAGCAGACCGUCUGAGGACGCCAGGUGGCAGGCGGCAGCGGCCGGCGCGGGCCCUGCAGAGCCGGCCCGGGGAGGAGGAGGAAGCGCCCCGGCUCCCGUCACUGCCCCGGCUUCUCUUCGGGCACAGGACGCUUCACGCAGACGUGUACAGUAUAGAGCUAUUUUUUUAAGUGACCUGCCCUCCUUCUGAGGCCCCCGGACUGUCUGCCUCCGCCCCGCGGACCCCACGCAGCUCGGCCCCUGGUCUCCCGCGAGCUGGUGCUUGUCCUUGUCUCUGCCCGUCCGUUUGCGGGCUUUUUGUAAGAACUCGGCAAAUAAAGGACUUGUUGAAGUUUA